UAGCGCCGUCAGCACAACAAACGCACAACACAAGGAGAAACUUGGUGUCCAGGGUAGGCCCCCGGCGGCUGGAGCGCGGCGGAGGCAGGCGCAGAGGCCGAAGCGAGAGGAGGCGAGGGGCGGCCCGACGCGGGGAGGGACCGAGGCGAGCGGUCAUGUGUCCGUGCCCCCUGCACCGCGGCCGCGGCCCCCCAGCCGUGUGCGCUUGCAGCGCGAGCCGCCUGGGUCUGCGCUCCUCCGCCGCGCAGCUCACUGCCGCCCGGCUCAAGGCGCUCGGCGACGAGCUGCACCAGCGCACCAUGUGGCGGCGCAGCGCGCGGAGCCGGAGGGCGCCGGCGCCCGGCGCGCUCCCCACCUACUGGCCCUGGCUGUGCGCGGCCGCGCAGGUGGCGGCGCUGGCAGCCUGGCUGCUCGGCAGGCGGAACUUGUAGGAACGCGGGGCUUCAUGGUGGGGCCGGAGCCGAGACCCAGCCGGAGCGAGCAACAGGUUGGUGAAAACCCUGUGUCCUUGGAGAAAGCUGGUUCCCGUUUUCCUGAGAGGGAGCCCAGAGCUUGAAAGGCCGCAGUUGGCACUUCAAGAAGGAAGUGGAGAAUAAAGACAGCGCCUGGAGCAAUAGUAGCAACUCGGAAUGGGACUGGGGAAGCCCUUUGGAUAUCCAGCUGCAGAAACAGACAUCCCAACGCUAUUUACACAGCUCUCUAUAUAUAUAAAAAAGAAAAUAUGAAUAUUACUAUUCAGUGCAUGCCUUGUUGAGGACGUGGUCCCCUCCCUUUUCUGCACCUUCCGAUGUGAACUUUGACGCUCUUUCAUGUCUGGGGCACUGGAAGAGAGAUGCCUACUGUGUAUUUAGAAAAUUUGAAGAGACUGGUGGGAAUUAGCCUCAGAGGCAACCAACUGCCUGGGAGGGAUGCUGGUGGAGAAAGCAGUGUAACUGCAAAAGGCUAAAUAGGAAAGAAAGUGAGGAGAACUCAGGGCCAGUUUGUACGGGCAGUCUGGGGUAUCUCCAUUUCUAAGUCGUGACAAGUCCUAGCCUCUCUGUGUCUCUACCUUCCUAGAUAGAUGGCUAGUCCUACUGUAACAUCAAGACAAAUGGGAUUUUUUUUUCCUACCAAUCUGGUGUCUCCGGUGCUUCACUUAAAUUUUGUUGGUGCUAAGUGUGUUCUUGCUGGUGCUGCCAUGGUAUUCUGUUGCCAGACUUGCAAGGCCGAGGGGACAAGAGAGAUUUCUAUUUUGCUGUUUUAGAUUCUUUUUCUAAAGGGAUCAGUCACAAAAGUGCCACUUGAGAGUCUUUUCUCUUUCUCUAUGUGGGGAUGAAUAUCCAGAGGUGUUUUGGAGCAAACCUUGGGGUCUGGGAGGGAGGAAGGGGGUGGGUGGCACCGAGGGGCUUGCUGGUUACAAGGUGGAAAGUUGACCACCUCACAUGUGACUUGUUUGCUGUCUCCUCCACCUCUGCCAGAGUAUCCUGGGAGUUCAGUCCACAGCCUCCCCCACUCCCUCAGGGGAUUUUAGGGCGUAGGCUUUAUGGAUUAAAGAGCCAAGAAAUGGCUAUGUUCUGGUCAAGGGUGAUUUAUAAGCAAGGGAUGUUGGGGGAGGGAGUGGGUCAUCUAAAUGAAAUGCACCAGCAUCUCACUGACUGACGGAGAGUCUGAUGUGUUUUUUGUUUUUGUUUUUUUUUUUCAGGAUAAGCUACUAUUUUCAGAAGUUUCUAGAAGGGCUAAAAAAAGAUGUGUGCUGGACUGAGACUUGGCUGCAAAGACUCUUCAGGGAGAGAUGAUUAUUUUUUGCUUUCAUUAAAAAAAAAAAAUCCAACAACAGGUAUUAUUCCUCUGUGUAGGGCAUACACACUGCUGUGUGCAAAGCUGAGAUGGUGAGGCACCAGGCUGCAGGUUCAGUUAUUCUAUGAAGCUGGAUUUGCAGGUCACCAUCCAGUACUCUGGACAGGGGGUCUGCUGGGCUAGUUAGUGGACACCCUUCCAGUUCUAAGAAGCCAGCAGAGGGAACAGCCAUUUUAAGGUUGCCAUGGGGCGGAAAUGGCAAUUCUUCCUCAAGGGCUUUGCUGAAAAUUACCAGGUCCUUUAGAAUGCAGGAGCUUUCAGUGCUGCUGCAAGCCUGGAGCUGUCUUUUCUUUCUUUUUUUAAAUCCACGUUCUCCUAAAUAGCCCUUUCAAGAAAAAUACAACCUAGAACUAUGGCAGGUGAGGGCAGCUCCUUCUCUCCUCCCCUCCCCAAGAGCCUGGAACUCAGCAAAGUGAAAAGGAAAGCUUGUUUAUAGAGAAUUUGUUUCCCUUCAUGGCUGGAGCCCUCCUCACAGUUCUGUUGACGGGCUGGGUGUGUAGACAGGGUCGUCAGGGAGCCUCAGGCGAUAUCCCCACCAAGCCGUGAACUUAGAGAAGGCAAUUCGAAUGAUAUGAAAUGCAGUCUCUGCUUUUAUUUGGUUACUUUCCUAGCCAGACACUAGAUUUUCCAGUUUACCCCAUUUUCUGGGGAGGGGAUUUUCACUGCUAUGGUUGUACUUGGUCACAGCUCUCUGCUGCUUUAAGGCUGCACCUUCAAGACCACAGUGGAGACAUGCUGACCACUGAGACACAGGCUAAGGGUCAGAGAAUCCCUUUUUCGACCCUGACUAGCUUGUGACAUUUACCCUGGAGGAUCCAAACUCCAGAUGCUGGGGUUUUGGGGCAAUUUUUAUUUCAAUGAAGCCACACUGCUGAGAGAACUGGGCACCAAGGACCCUCCUAAUGGAGCUUUACAGCCAAGUCCCUUGUACAUAUUCUCUUAUAUUAUUAGAAACUGUGUAUUUAUCUAACCCCGGUUUCUUCUUGCACAUCAUUAAUUUGAGUGCAUUUCUCAACUGCCCCGAUUUUUGACAAGGGGUUGUUUUUAAUGCUUGUUUUUAUAUGAGAUUUGACUUCUUGAUGGACAUUUGUAUUAGGAAAUUGAAGCAUGAUAUAUAUGUAUAUAUUGUCUCCACCGUCUCUCCUAUUGCAUUACUUGGAUUGCAUGAGAUAGUGGGGUGGUGGUUUUUUUUUUUUUUUUUUUUAAAUAUUUCCACAGUGUGCAAAGUGCUGGCACCAUCCCUCCCUCUCCUCCCCCCGCUCCUUUUCUCUGGCUGCCAAGGAGUCAUUGAUUUUGAUUAGCUUCACUGCAGAGCGUCUGUGAAGAGAGGGAGGGAGGCUUUGAAAUAAAUUUUAAAAAAGACCUCAUAUCGGGUUUCAGCAGACAGCAGUGUGGGGUGUGUGUGUGUGUGUGUCCGUGCAAAGCAGAGGGAGGCCUCUGAGAUCAUCGUUUAGGUAGCUUGCUGCAUAAUGAGGUGUGGAGCAAACAGAAGGGCCUCCUCUUUCCUGGGAGCUCACAGAGGAUGGGGUUCCGGGAGCCAUGGAUUGGAACCCCUUGGGACUUCAACAGUCCAAAUAGAAUCCAUUCUGUCCUGGAAGCUUCUCUCCCUCCCCUAGGAGCAAAUAAGAUCUCUUUUCUCCUUUUCAAAUUUGGGGUUCCAUUGCAUGGUCCUUUGGGCACAAAUGUAGCCUGAGUAGCAGGUUUCUUUGGGGGAGCCCAUGUGCCGCCUUGGCUGCUGUCCAUGGUCCUGAGCGGUGCAUCCCCUAGAACCCACUUCCCAUUUUGUUCCAUUUUCCCAGGGAUCCUGGAGACUUCUUUUCCACUUCCAGGUCUCAUUUUUAAAUUCUUUUCUAUUUCAAGGGGGGGAAAUGGGGUGGUUUACAUGAUACUGUCACAGAACAAUGGAGCUGUGACUUUGGUGUCACAAUUUAUGUAUCUGAUCUCAUGUACUCCUAGCUUUAUUACCAUGUUUCUGACAGUGACAAAGUAUCACUUCCCCUCACUGGGAACCUGUGGAAGCCCCCCUCUGAUACUGCACAAGUAUCUUUCGGGACACUGGCUUGUCACUGUGGACCUGUUAAGUGCCCACUUGGUAUCAGAAAGCUGCAGUGACCAGAAUACAGGUUUUGUUCUUCUACACUGAUACCGGUUCCUUUUCUGAAGGUCCCUUUACAUCCACCUGGGCCAAUCACAGGGUCAGAAGCUGGUGUGCAGGGCGAGGGGGCAGGCCAGACACCCUGGCCUUCUCAUGGGAGUUGACGCAGGGAGGGAGUUGAUGUCAAAAGUGUCAUUUUAAAAUGUAAACUGAAAGCUUAUUUUUUAAAGUUUAAUUCAUUCAACACCUAUUUAUUGAGUACCUACAAUGUGCCAGGUUGUCCUCUGGGAAGAGACUUACAUAUUGAUCACGGAGGGGCAGACCCACUUACGUUCAACAUCCCUUUCCGGUCUGGUUCAUGGUCUUUGACAGAUUUGUCAGGUCAUCACCCCAAGCCUUGCUGGCCGAUUGCUCUACAGUAUUUAUAUUUACCGAGAGCUAUACAUACUAUCAUGAAGGCGAUUCAAAGCUGAUGACCUCAACUCAUUCCCAACAUGAAAAGACUGGUUCUUGCUGCUUCACACAGUAAAGAAAGCUUCCAUGUAUGCUUGCUCACCACUCCCAAGUACUGUGCUAAGUUUCCCCCUUAGCUAUUCCUUGCGCCUACUUUGGAAGACAGUGCUACUGUUGUUCUUAUUAUUCUUCCUGUUUUACAGUUGAUGAAGCUGAGGCUCAGAGAGGUUAUACAACUUAGCCUAAGCUGCAAAGAGUGAUGUGGCUGAGCCAAGAUCCAGUAUGUGUGACUCCCCACCCCUAAGCCCAAAGGACCAUCCUGCUAUACUGGGUUCCUUCCUGAGUGCUGUUCAAAGGCAAGCACAGGCCUGGAGCUCAACAAAGAGCAGGGGAGCCUAACUAAGUGGCAUUUGGGGACACUCCAGGACAGGCUGGAUGGUUUAGCUGGGGAUUUUAUGUAUUGUUCCUUGCCUUUUGUGUUCCUCGUUUCUAUAAGGUCGCUGGGACAAACAGGGCCUCUUCAACUUACUUACCAGGAUCUGGGAAGCCAUUCUCACCUCCUUUCUGUUCCCUCCCCCACUCGAACCCCCAAUUCCUCCCCUAAAGGUUCUUUGCACUAUAAGCGCCCAGGAGCCUGUGUGUGUGGCAGGGAUGGCUGUGGGGCUCUUUGGAACCUCAGUGAGGCCUCUGACUCAGCUGGAGAGGCAAUAAGUUUGGGGACAUUCCGUUCUGGGUUCUGCGCUUGGUGGUUUGUUGUGCUCUUUUGUAAGAGGAAUUUCAUACCUUGGAGACACUUUGUACAUAUUUGUAAUGACUUUAUUAAAAAAAAAAAAACUCGUUGUGUGCUUCCA